UGACCCACUGGUGCUGCAUUAGUUGGUGAUUGGGGUCCCUCCCUGUCCUGACUGACCUUCCUUCUCAGGCUGAUGCUGAGGAUGAAGUUGAUUCACUCAGAGGUGCAUCUUGGCCCUUGAAGCAGCCUGUGCCUUCUCUGCUCUCCUGUUUCCUUCCAGUCAGGCUUAGACCUCUGGUCCCAAGUGCGCUUGUGAAACUUCCUGCAGCACUGGUGGGCUUUUCAAACAGUAUCCGUGGGAAGCACAGAGCGUAACAGAAAGCUAUUUAUUGAGAUUUUUGGUACAGACAGGGUGUGCAACAGCGAAUGGUAGCGUAUGCAUAUAACAGUUACUAUGUCGUGGAGUGUAAAGGAGUGUGUGGUCCUUUGACAGGAUUUCGGAUCCCUUGCGUGUUUUCCUAGGACAAAAUCCUCGUUGGGUUGCACCUGCUGGCUGGCUGGUGGUCCCUCUUGGCAAACAGAUUGUGUAUGGUGAGUUUCUAAGUAGUGAGUUGCACGGUGGGAGGUGAGCAGAGUGCAGGAUGCUGGGGUCAGUGCUGAUCGUCAGGAGUUUGUUGUUUCUGCUGCCUGUUUCUUGUGAGCUCUGGUGGGCAAGAAUUAAUCCUUCUGAUGGCCAGGGCAGUGUUGCUGAUGUGCUUAGGUGGCUUCCAAGGGGCGUGGAAAAAGGUACGAUUAGAAGGCAAAGUGUUUUUGCUCCCUUCAGUCUGUCUGCAAGUCCCACGUGUAGCCAAGCCAUGACUUUGGGGAAGGGUUUUCUGGAAUAACAUGCACCCUUGUUAGACACUGGCUGCUUGGUUGGCUCGUUGUGCCUGCCAGUUUCCCAGGGAAAGGAAGGCAGUUCUCAAGGCCUCCUGUAUUUUUUUAAUUAACUUUUUCUGAUAGACAGAGACUGGGAGAAGUUUGUGUAGAGCCCUGUGUGGAGGAGGCUUGGAGCAGAAAGAUUAGCAGCACUGUUUGCUUCUAGCUGGGUGGUUUGUGUCUGUUAAUCCUGGCAUCGUCCUCUUUUGGGCUUUGAAGCCUGGGAUGACAGGGCAUGGAACACUUGGUGUCGGCUGCGUGUGGUGCUGCUUGUGCAUAUCAAAGAGGGUCCAAGCAACAGAAGUGUGGGUGUGGGAGCCCUGUUGUGGCAGAAAGCUCCCUAAAUAACCAGCAAGUGGGUGUGUGCUUCUGCUCAGAGUACACGCAGCAAAAAGGAGCUGUCUGGAGAAGUUGCAGUUUUUGCAGUGCAGCCAGGGAGGUGGGCUGAGAGGGAGUGUUUCUGCAUUCUCAGCAUCCGUGAGAGCCGCAGUGAGAUCCCAGGUGUUGUUGUGUGAAGUCCUUCUGUGACAGUAGCAAGGCAGUGUAGAAGGGUGCUCCCUGCCCUUCCUGCCCUGCAGCAGCUUUUGCAUUUUGUUCCAUGAAUGUCCUUGACCACACUGUUAGAGAAAGUGGGUGUUCUCCCUGUGUGCUGGGGAAGGGUUUUAUUGUUGAGAGGGUUCAGGGGAGUUCCCCUUGUUGCUGCUUGUGCCAUAUGUGGGAUUGGUGUCCAGGGAAGCUGUUGUUGUGGGCGUCUUGAGCUGACAGCUUCCAUAAAGGUCAGUGUUUUGGGAUAUCUGCAAUGGAGCAAGUGACUGGUGACGUUGGCAUUGGAUGGAGUGGUCUGUUUCCUCAGUCAUGAAGUCCUGAAGUGAAUGGAGAGUCCUUGGAAGCCUUGCAACCCCUGAAAAUCCAGGGAUUUUGUUGAAUCUGAUAUGUUUGGUGAUUUUACACUAAUGCCUUGACUAAAAGCAUUAACCAAAUGUCAAACUUCCUGGCUGCCUUUGUUCUCUUAGAACCAGCAGCAUGACACCUUACCAGGUGGGGGCUGUGCCUGCCCAAUGAUUGCACUUUGUUUUGGUCUGAGAUUAAGAAAGAGAUUCACUUCCAAGCUUUGCACUUUCUCAUGUGUGCAGCCUGUCCAUAUGGCUGAGAAGUGUUCCAUUAAAAAUCCAUAUCCACUUUCCUUUCUGUCUUGACAGUAAGUCAUCACUGAGUCCUGGUGGGCUUUUGCAGGUGGGAGAGAUCAAAUACGUACAAAUUGUUUCAACCUCGCAAGCGUGGGAGGGUGUUGGGUCUGCAGCAUUAUUGCUGCUCAGUGAUUCAAUUAGUGUGUAAUGUAUUUGCAAACACUCUACUUGCUGCCAGAGGUAACAGUCUUUAUAAGUCUCCCCAAACUGUCCUGGGCAGCGAAUGAAGAUGGUUGGAAGUAGGGUGGCUUCUCCUGAGAAGAGGGUGGUGAAAGAGUGAGACAGAACUAAAGCAGGACAACCAUGUCAAGAAGAAAAACGUUUUUUACUUGAGAGAUUUGAGUGAGAAGGAGAGCAAACAGAGUCAGUGAGUGCAUUGUCUCUGUCCAUGUGAACAGGCUCUUGCAUCCUUACAGGGAUGGUAAUGCUGGCCUGUGGAGAAGAUGCUAUGUGUAUGGUUACUCCCCCAGAGGGAGUUAAAAUAUAUCAAUAUAUUCACAUUAUAUUGGUGGGUGGCCCCAAUGCACCACAGUAGGAGAAACACAAGCAGAGAUAAUUACUUACUGGAAAAUAUACGGUUUGAAAUUCCAGCAGAAAAGCUGCAACCCCAAACCUUCCAAGGUGAACUUCCUGGGUAUAUGAUGGAGGGGAGGAACCCUGAAACCUUGACUAUCCUUGAACAAGUUAAAAGGCCUGGAAAGAGGAGUAUUCCUUGAGUCUGCUGGCAUUUUGGAGAAAACACAUCCCAAGUUUCUCAAUCAUAGCAAGUGCCCUUUGUGAUUUAACAUGCCAGAGGACCACCUGGGACUGGACCCCUGUCCAUGAAGAAGCCGUACAAUUGUUAAUCUUUGAGGUUGGGGUAUAUCAGGUGUCAGGCUUUAGGUCCAAUACAUCUGACAGAUCCACUUCAUAAAAUCAUAGAAUCAUAGAAUGUUAGAGGGUUGCAAUGGACCUUAAAUUCAUCUAAUCCCAACCCUUCCUGCUGUGUGCAGGGACACCUCCCACUAGACCAGGUUUCUCAAGGCCUUAUACAACCUGUCUUUGAACACUGCCGGGGUUGGGGCAGUGGUAUGUGCAAUUAUACCAUUAGUGCCAUGUGCUUCAGAUAGAGGAGGGAGCACAUGAAGUGCUCCAAAUACAAAAACCGCCUGGCAAUAACUGGGCCAGAAGCUUCCUCCAUCAUAUAUAAAACCCACCUCGCAAUUUGAGCCCCACCUGAAAAAUGCAUGGUUCACUGAUGCAUCCUCCAAAGGAGAGCAAGAUACUGAGGGGUGGCCCUGCGUGUUUUUUUGAGGGGAUCAAAUUGUGACAAAGGGAGAAGGAAAUGCUCAGGUGGGAAAAUCGGUAGCCAUGUGCAGUGUGGUUGUUAGAGAGACUGAAAAUAAAAACAAGAGUGUUUAUUUAUAUGGACUCCUAUGCUGCUUUUAAGGGGUGCACUGGAUGGCUCCUGUUUUGCGAACAAACCCGUGGGAAGUCAGUCGGGUUCCCAGUGUGUCAGCGAGAGAAGUGGGACGACAUCCUAAACACAGCUAAGCAGAAGUCUCUUGGUGGGAUGGAUUGCUAUUCACCAGAAGAGGGAUCACCUCUUGAAUAAUCAGAUUAUCUGAAAUCCAUUGCUGGACCUACGCUUUCAACUGUUUAGUGGAUGGACCAUUUUGUGCAUUUUUAGUUUGAUUUUACUAAGCCUAUUUUGCCUUUUUACUAGAGAAAAAUGGUGUGGGAAAAGUUUUUAUUCUUAUUUUAUGGGUGUACAAUUUUGUCUCAAUUGACUGAGAAUGAGGAUACUCAACCAAAUUUGGCUUGGGAGUUGAUACAAGGAUUUAUGCAUAUUUGGAACCACACGAAUCAAGGAAUAUGUAUUAACCUCCCCAACUCUGCAUCAGAGGGGCUUAGAUUUAUGAUGAUUUGGUUAAAUUUUUCAGAAAUAUUAACAAGAGAACUAGAUAACCUUAAAAAAACAGGAGGAAAUGUUACCUGGGGAAUGAUCGAGUCCCCCUUCCUAGACCAGAAGGAAGGACAACAAUGGGCUGCAAAUGGGACAUGGGUAGAAUACAAGAAAGCCUUUUACCAGCUCCCACACAACUCUACCUGGAACCAUUUAUGGAAUCAGACAUGUUAUCGAUCAUUAGACACCAACCCUAGUGAGACAUUGCAAAAUGUCACUUCUAUCCCUUGCACGGUGGUGCCGUGGUGGGAUUCUCCUACUGAGAGUGCGUUUUUCGAACAUGAGUACAAUUUACAUUGGGAUGCAGGAUGGUGUAUACAAAUCCCCAGUAACCCAGGAACCCCACACCAAGUUAACCAAACAAAUUAUGAGUGGGCUUGGUCUCUGAAACAAAUCUUUGACCCCAUAUCUCCCCUACAAUGGGCCUCCCGGACCCCAACAGGGGACAUAGUGGAAUGGGAAGUGGGGAAAUCGGACUGUAAGGACCAGCAGAUCACACUCCCUAACGGAGAGAGCAUCUGCUGGAAAGUGAGGAACACCAGAAGCAUCAUCCAAAGUAAAUCAGAGACCUCCUUUCUGAAUUGUUCCCGUAUAUUAGAUUGUACCACUGGAGCAGGUGAGCCUAUAGAAACCUGGUACAUCUCGGAGCUGAGAACUUUCAUCCGGGACAUGUGUACCUGUUGGGGUUAUCCCAACUAUGGCUAUCUAAAUCGAGACACCCGAUGCAAUGGGUCUUACGAAAAUUCGGAGACGGCACUGUCCUGCGGUAUUCCUGUUACACAUGGCCCUGACCCAAGAAGAGUCUUGAAUUCAAGUACUGAAGCACAGGAAGUUCCCCGAGGCGACCUGUAUCAGUGUUCACAAGCCAAAUAUCCAGCUCCGAGGGGAACAGUAUGGGCAUGUUCAGAUGGAAAAAUGUAUUCCCACUUGAACAUGUAUGAUAUGGCUGGACUCCAGUGUACUAUUGGGUUUCCUACCAUGUGCCCAUCUAAAACAUUCAAUUACACACUUUAUUGUAACAAAAAGGUACAGAGAGAAAUCCGCAAUCCAGUAGAUGCGAAAGGGUGGAUUGGGGGGAUUCAAGUCCCUGACUAUUAUACCUGGGGACAAAAUGUUGCUUUAGACUUAGAAUUAUUUUUUGUGCCCAGUGGAGUUAAUCAACGGCAUCAGUAUGUCUUGGAGAACUUAACUAGGCAAAUCCACGUGUUGAGCAACUGGACCGAACGUGCCUACGGGAAACUGAAUUUGCAGGCCCAACAGGUACCAAAAAUGGCUUUGCAGAAUCGAUUAGCCCUGGAUAUGGUGUUGUUGAAAGAGCACGGAGUAUGCGGGAUGCUAAACCUAACGGAUGGAGAAUGCUGUGUCACUGUUCAUAAUGCUGCCACCACCAUGGAAGAAGCGCGUCAGAAGAUGAAGGAGGUUGCUGAACAAACGGGAGAACUAUUUCAAGCAAUGCAACCGAAGGAAUAGUUUGAUGGACUGAGCCUGGAUCGUGGAUCACAUUGCUACUAAAGUGCCUUGGACUUACGGGAUGGGGAAAGCAGCAUGUACGCGUUGCCCUUACGAUAUUUUGUGGAUUUGUGGUUUUGAUGAAAGGUCAGAAAGUCAUGUGAAACUGUUUACUUGUGGCAAGCUAUAAGAAGAGGAUGAAGGAGAUUGUUGGGACUUGUGAGAAGACUGACGACCUCAUAAACUAAAAAAAAAAGUCAUAAAAAAGCACUCGUUGAGCGAGGGAUGUUUGAGUUAACCUCCAAAGGCUCUUAGCGAUGCUCUAGUGGGAAUUUCUUUGCCAGAAUUGCUUAGUGGAUCCAUGCAAGUGUGUUGGUACUUGUAAUUUAUAGGAUAAAUAUGAAGAUACAUGAGCAUGAUUUAUUGAUAGAGCAUAAGCUAUAUAUAGUGCCUUUAACUGUAUUAUUAAAACUGAAGGUAAAUAAUUAAUGGACUGAAGAAAAGAUACGUAAAACUCUGGGGAGUUUUGAUGGGAAGCGUUCCUGUCUUGUGGUAAUUAAAAUUGAAUAUAUUCUGA